CCCCCUCGUCCUGUCUCAUCUCAUCUCCCAUCCCACAGAGCUCCUUGCCCUUGGCUAGUCCCGCUCUCGCCUACCCUUGCAACACUGUGCACCCCCCCGUAUCGACAAUGGACGAAGAGGUGUUUGAUCUCUACGGCGAAGAAGAGGAGGAGUACCACAAAAUCAAGAGCGAAUCCCCUGGCCACGAUUUUUCGUCGAAUCUCAACCAGACCAACUUGCAGCCCGAAGCCUCCGAGCCAGCAUCCGAUAAGGAUGUACCGAAAGCCCAAACUCGGAACGAAUCUGAAACCCCAAAAGAUCAAGGCCACCCGAUCGAAUCGACCCAGUCCUCGGCUGAGCGGAAGCGCGGCAAGCCCGAUGUCUCGGGCUCAUCUUCCAACAAGCCUGGCGUGUCCCAGGGAACCAGUGGUUCAAGCAACUCUCGCUCAAGCUACCAGCGCGCCUUAUACGUCUCGGAGCUUGCGUGGUGGACGACGGAUCAGGAUAUGAAGGGCGUCGUGAGCGAAGCCGGUCUGUCCGACGAUCUUGUGUCGAAGGAGAUCCUGUUCUACGAGCACAAAGCCAACGGCAAGUCCCGCGGAAUCGCCUAUCUGGAGUUCAAGACCCAUCAGGCCGCGGCCGGGUUCAAGUCCUUUGUGGAGCAGCGCCAGAUCCACGGAAAGAAGGCCAGCGUCAAGUUUGUAGACACCUUCAAGGGAUACCCCUUCCGCUUGCUGGCCAAAAAUGAACAGCACCAAGCCAACAAGGAAAGCUCCGGCAGCGGCGGCCACAACUACGGCCACCACAACCAGCCCUACCAGAAUCAAGCCGGCGCCGGCAACAUGAUGGGCAUGGGCCACACCGGGGCCUACGGAGGAUUCUCCCGCGGCAGCAACAGCGGCGGCAACAGCGGCGGAUAUGGGCCUAUGGGCUACAAUCGCACCGGUGGCAACAACGCAGGCGGGGCCAUGAUGGCCAUGAUGAACCCCGCCCUGAUGAUGGGUGCGACGACCAUGGGGGUCGGCAUGGGCGGAAUCGGGAUGAGCCCAGCCGGACCAGGCAUGAUGAUGAUGAGUGGCGGCAUGGGCGCUGCUGGCCCGGCCAUCAACCCGGAAAUGAUGCCGAUGCUAUACGGCGCCGGCGGCAGCGGUGCCGGAUACGGGAUGAACAGCAGCUACGGGUCGGCCGACAGGCGAUCCAACGGCGGCGGACCUGUUCGGUUCGGACAGCACACCGACGGACAGCAUUCUGGCGGCAACCGGUACGGGGGCCCGUACAUGCGCUACUGAAGCCGUCUCCCGGCUGCCGCGAGCUCUCGAUUCCUCGUUCACGAAUGAUGCCCCUGCGUUGCGGCCGCGAUGUUGCCGAUACCAAGCCACCUGCAAGCUGUUUCGUCUUGGCGCGCACCAACCAUGCA